GCGACAUGACGGUAAGGACGAGGGCGGAGAUCUGACUCGGGCGCGGGAAAAUGGAAGCCAGAUCUAGUGUGGUCACGACACCGCUCAUUUUGCUUGAUCAUGACCUGCUUCCUAGCACGCCGUGCGCGUUUGCAGGUCGCGCUCGGCGCACCACUAUACUCUCGCUUCAUCACUCGACCAUGUCCGUCCUCGAGGCGCUCUUUCUUCUCCUUCUUUCGCAAGACCGCCAAACCGGCCGAACGGGAGCAGCACGUCCCGCUUUUGACCGAGGAUAAUCUCUUCCAUCCAUUUUCCAAGUCCCCGUUCCCUAUGCUGCGCGCCCGAGGAGAAGCCAUCAAAAAUCUUGCUCCGUGUCCUGUCUGCACGUCUUCGCAUGAGCAUGGACACCCCCACGCGACGGAGCCGCAGAACGUUUCGUAUGAAUGUCCGGAUUGCGGCUGGCCUACGCACUGUUCGGAGGAGCACUGGCAGCAGGACGAGGAGCAUAAAAAGUACUGCAUGCGGCUACGGGAGGCGAAUGAGGACGAACAUGACCUUCGGAGUGGACGGAGAAUGACUGAAUUUGAACUGCCGGGUCCACAGGGCUACGAAGAAGCUAUCUCGUUCUCAAACUGGGAUAUCUUUUGGUAUACCCGUGGGUUUAUGUCGAUGGACACGGAGCGGUCACGGCGACAUGCCAGUAAACUGUUGACUUACCCGAUCACCAUUGGCGGUGCUCUGCACCAGUUUAGCCCGCUCAUGACAAGCAACCAGAGAGUAACCCCGGAGGGUAGUCGGUCCUUGGCAGCUAUCCGGUCGACUCUUCAUGUUCCCCUUGGAGCUCCUGAAACGCCCGAAGCUCAAGUUGGAAAACCUCAAGUCCGGGUGUUCAUUCUGGGAGCGCGAGCUGAGUCGUCGCUUCCCGUCCAUGUUUGGGAGCAACUUUGUCUCCUCUUCCCCGCUGCUCAACUACAUCUCCUUUUCAUCGGCCCGCAAGUCUCGCUACCCAAACCAGACACCCCGGCUCCUCCGAAUCAAUCUCAGUCUGGCAACACCGCCGAACCAAUUGCGAAAGAUUCCACGACGGAGAUGCCAUCUGGAUCUGACUCUUCCCAGACCUCGGCUGUUCCCGUCAAGCUGAACAAGCUCCAGGAGCUCCAGCAGCGAUCGGACUAUACCCCGAACAUCUAUAGACCACCCGCUCCGAUGCCCAUUGACCGCCAAAAGUACACUCGCAACUCGGUCAGCCGAUAUGGGGUUCCAUCGUACACAACUCCAUAUACGAAGGAGCUGACCGUCUCCGGCCUGCGGACGAACUACAUUGACGUGCACCACCACUUCUCGGAAACGCUCGAUCCGUACAGCGACGUGUUCUUCUUCUUUUCGCCAGGCUUCGGAUUUCCGUCAGAAAAGUCCUUUGCGGAGGAUGGGGUGACACCGCUCCCGCAGAUCGCCUCUCCCACCGAAUGGGGGCCCGUGCUGCCUGCUCUGCUCGAGUCAAAAUGCCCGAUCUUCGUGACUGGGUUCUCUCCUACCGACAUUGAGCGUGACGUGCGGUCGCUUUCGGAGGCGCCGGACGUUGCUGGCCAGUUCGAGUGGGUCAUUACUCCUGGCCCCAAUCCGUUUGGCAGCGAAAAGUGGGAGAUUGCCGAUUUCGACCCGCGGGUCAUGAUCAAGGCAAACUGGGGCAUUUGGGCUAUCAGAGGCCGUAGUAAAGAUAUUCAGGAAAGAAGUAUGCUGGAUGGAAUUCUCCCAUGGAAACAGUAGAAUUAUCUGAAUUUGAUCAAUCCCUUCGCAUGACUACUAGUAAAUUUGCUUCAGUUUCAGGCUCUUUAUCCAGUUUUGCUGACUGGAUUGCUGAGUGGAUUGCUUCUUUGCCGCUCGGUUCAUCUUACGACGCUGCUCGUUGAACACGAUCUUUAGAUAUUUUAUGAUCAGAUCCAGUCGGAUCUCAGUGCGGUCUCUGAACUCUCGAAAAUGGGUCCGCAGCUGAGCCCCUUCAGUCGCUACUGCCAUGACCCAUAUUUUCGAGGAGACCUACCUCAUUCCUGAUGGCUUUCAUUGCCUCCGGCUGAGUUGAAAGAACACGGCUAGUUCUCCAAUGUCUCCUCCCAACCGCACGGUACCUCUCCUACUACAGCGUUUAGACGAAU